AUGCAUGUCUCCAGGCCCUGCUUCCGCAAGGAGCAAAGCAAUGUCGGAGCCCAGGCAGGCCAUGGAAUGGAGCUAGAGGCAUCCAGAAAAAUGGGGGCGCUUGGCAGGAAUCCCCUCUCCUUGGGUUUGGGGGUCCUUGUGCUGGAAGGGGUGGUGGGGGUGGUUUAUGGGGAGGAGGCACUGGAGCUGUGGCCCCGGCUGGCCCUUUCUGGGAGGAACAGGGCUCCCCACAGCCAUGCUGCUGCACUGAUGUGGCCUCCCCUGCUUUAUCAUUUCAGAAAAUUUGAAUUUAACCCCAAAGAUGGCAUCGACAACCCUGCCUUGUCGCUGGCCGAGGACAUGGAUGGCGAAGGCGUGGGGGAGCCCCGCUUCUACCUGCUGAGCAAGGGCAGCAUGGAGACCUUCGGCUUCUGCCUCCAUGAGGAGCUGGGCUCCCGGGGCCACAUCAUCCGGCAGGUUGAGCUGGGGGGACUGGCCCAGCGCAGGGGGCUGCAGGAUGGGGACCGCCUCCUCCAGGUCAAUGGCUACUUCGUGGACCACAUGGACCACCGCAGGGUGGUGCAGAAGAUCAAGGCCAGCGGGAACCAGGUUCUACUGACAGUGCUGGACGGUGACUCCUACGAAGCAGCCAAAGCCCUGGGCAGAGACCUGUCCCAGAUGCUGCCCACUGACAUGCGUCCGCGCCUCUGCCAUAUCGCACGGGACAAAAGUGGUUUUGGCUUCAGUGUAUCAGCUCCAGAAGGUGUGAAGGGCACCUUCCAGCUGUCAGUGCAGCAGGGUGGGCCAGCAGAGAGGGCAGGGGUGCCACCAGGCUCCUGGCUCCUGGAGCUGAACGGGGCCAGCGUGAGGAGCUACUCACACACGCAGCUUGCCAGAAAGGUGCAUGCUCCUGGAGUGGGUUGGUGGGGGACCAGGGCUGGCAAUGUCACUGAGCACCCUGCGUUUCCCAUGCAGCUUAAGCAGAGCGGCAGCAAGGUCACGCUGCUGGUGGCGUCCAGUGCUGUGGAGGAGUUUUACCGCCUGCGGGGCCUGCGGAUCACGGCUGCCUUGGCAGACACCUCCUGGCUCCCCUUCAAGGUCCGGGAGCUGCAUAUGGUGAAGGGUCCAGCUGGCUACGGGUUUCUGCUCAAGGAAGAUGACUGCAGCUCAGGGGCCACAGGCCAGUUCCUGUGGGACGUGGAUGCGGGGCUGCCAGCUGAGCAGGCAGGGAUGAAGGAAGGGGACCGUCUCCUGGCUGUGAAUGGUGAGAGCAUUGAGGGGCUGGACCACCAGCAGACGGUGCUCAGGAUCCGUGCCCGUGAUGACCAGGUGACGCUGCUGGUCAUUGACCCUGCUGGUGAUGAGUUCUACCAGUCGAUCGGGCUGUCCCCUCUGCUGUUCUUUGAGGACAGUGACCCUGCCUCAGGCUCCCACAUUCCCUCCCUGCCCUCUCCCAGUGGGUCCCCUGAACAAUAUCACAUUGAGGUGGGACCAAAGGGACUUGGCUCCUGGCUGGUGGCUGCUGCCAACAGUAUAGAGAUCACACAGGAGGGGCUGCAUGGUCUCCUGGCCACAGGGGUCAGGCAGAAAGACCCCUCCAACCUGCCGAUGGGGCAAGGGUGGAGUGGGCUGGGGUGGGUGGAUGUGUGCUACCCACAAUGUCCCUGCUGUGUCUCCACAGAGCCUUCGCCAGGAGGAGCACAGGAGGCUGCACCAGGCAUUCUAGCAGCCCAGACCACCCUGCCUCCAGCCAGACCACAUCCAGCCCAUGGGUCCACCCCUUGCUGUGUCUCCAUGCCUGUGAUGGGGUUCACAGCAUCACACCUCCCAGAGACUCAUCUCCACUGAUUGAGGCUGGCUCCAAAUUUUAUUAACCAUGACGGUGGCUUCUUGUAA